GUGUCUCGAGAGGAGAUAUCGAAAAGGCAAGGAUUGCUCACGAGAGGCAAGAAAGAGAAAGAAGGAUCAAGGAAGCGCAAAAAGACUCAAAUGAUUAUAUGGAUCGAGUAACAAUGUUCAAAGAACUUUUGACCAUAAUGAAACGUGGGGAAACCUUGUUGGAUGCGUUAAAAAGAUUAGGUAGCAAUGCUGGUUCUAAAACAAAUAAUAAGCGAGGACCAAAGCAAUACGGCAAAAAACAGAAAGAUGAAAACCCUAAAUCACCAUUACCAGAAGAAAGGGAACUUACACAUGAAGAAAAACUUGAGCAAAAUCGGGUGAAGUCGAUCGAACGUCUUACUGAUUUAUCUGUGAUGGCGACGGGAUAUGUCGAUAUCUACGAAGAUACGUGGGAACAAAUCUUGAGAAAUUUGAAGAGAGAAGGUGCAGUACCGGAAGAUUGGAUGCCACCAGGUACCGAUGAAGAUGUGCCUAAUGAGAAUCCGCCAGAAUCUCAAGACAAAUUGGAUGUGACUAUUUCAUUACCUUCUUUUACACAGUGGGAAUACAGAUGGAUGGAUAAAUCUGGGAACGCUGGUGAAAUUUACGGCCCAUUUUCCGGAGAAGAUAUGAAGGCUUGGG